GCUUGUUACUGUCCAGGGCAGGUCAUCUGCUCAGACCUCAACGACUGGAGGGUGAAGAAGGCAGUCAGACACCUGCAAAGCCUCGUGAAGUCACAUGACCCCACCACCCAGGAGACUGUGUAGCCUCGGUGUUCACCACACCAGUCUUGAGCCAUGUGCGUGCAGUGGAGGCCUUACCAGGACAGCAAGAAACCUGAGCACAGGAGACUCCAGAACCCUGCACAGUAGCACUUCUGCUUGUCUUAACUGGAGCCCUGGGCCUGGAAGGGGGAGGAUUAAAGUCUUUCUCCUUCAGUCGGGAUCUGCAUGUUCUGUCCCUGCAGUGCAAGGUGCACACACCCACCUUGGCCUGUCACAUUGGAAGGGAGCUCAGAGAACACCUGGGCCUGCUCUGGCCAGGUCAGGAGGGGAAAUAGAAGCUCAAAGGAAAACAUGGCUGUCCUGUCUCAAGGCACCCGCAGGUAGAGGGGAGAGCCUGGUGCGAGGCCUAAGCAGGGCGUCCAUGCGCUGAGGAGCAGAGCUCCUGUGUCAUCUGCACAGUCUCCCGGAGGCCUGGGGGCCCUCUCUCUGCAGGGGCUGGGGGUUCUGGGAAGAGGCUCUGGAUUCUCUCCCGUUCUCUCUGCCUUUGAAAUCUCCACUCCUGCACAUCUGUUAUCUUCUGGCCUGGAGAGGAUGACGACAUCCUCCGACACAUUCCAUUGCACUCCAUUCCAUUCCAGCACCGUCCGCAGGCCCUUCCACAGGCCAGGGGUUGACCACCUGCUGGGGAAUCCUACAUGGGUCAACCUUGGCCUUCUCCUGGGGAACGCCGCAGCCUGGGGGAAGGCGAGGACCCCUGUAGCCCCUUCCCCUAGCUCGCAGGCCCGGAGACCCACUACAGACCAGGUGGUCCUUUAGCACAUCCUGUACCGGGCAGGGUCUCAGGGGCCUCCCCUGCACGGUCUGGGCCACCUCUGCUCGCUUUCCGGCUUUCUCCUCCUUCUGGAUCUCUCACUGUGCCGCCUGUUCCCCAAGUGGCUUCAGUGUUCCUGAGGCGUGGCCCCCACCCCCUGCCAGCCACCGAAAUCCCACCCACCCUCGGCUCAAGCCCAGCCUCCAGGAAGCCUUCCCGACUGCCCUGCGGCACCAAGCCUCCGUCCUCUGGUUGCCCCGAGGGACCUCAGCGCCCCCGCCACGGGGAUCAGGACACAUUGGGAACCUGGUAUCUGUUUGGCGGGUCUAUUUAUCAAGCCCUAGAACCAGGUGGUCCAGACACCUCACUGAUCUAAGAACAUGAGUGGAGAGAAGGAAGAGGCAUCGUUCAGAAUGUUCGGGGCUUAUGGUGAGCCAGAGGAGAGGAGGGAUGUGCUGGAAAGCUCUGGCAUUUCCUCUCAGCCUGAGCCACAAGUGCAGCAGCAACUGGGCAGUCUGUUUGGAGUGCCCUGGCAGCCCCCGGGCCCCCCAAUACAGCACAGCCCUGCUGAUCAAGAGACAAGCAUGGUGACCCAGCAGCAGUGGCACCUCCAGGGCCUGGGUAGAUCUGAGCUCCAGGCCGCUGGGCUCCCUGAUGCACAACCAGGAGAAGCAGCAGAGUCCAGCCCAAGCUUCCUACUGGGUUCUGAGGUUGGCCAGCCUUACUCUUCUUCCUCUCCCAGUGAAGAAGUCCUCUCAUUGCUCAGAGCAAUUCCCCCCAUUCCAGAUGAAGUUGUGGUCAGGCAGAAGAGGGCCCCACAGGGCUCCUGGAAGGUUGGCACACUCUUCCAUGGAAAGAGAGUCUACGCUGUGGCCAUCAGCGGCUCAACCCACCACGUGUACACGUGUGGCUCCGGCUACAUCAGGGUAUGGGAUGAGAGUGCACUGCAUGCGGGGGACAAGGCCCCUCGGGCCCAGCUGGACUUGCAGCAUCCCCAGGACCGUGUUGUUACCUGCAAGCUGUUCCCUGAUGAGCGGAGCCUGAUCACAGGGGGUGCGUCCCAGGCCGUGACUCUCUGGGACUUGGCACCCACCCCCCAGGUCAGGGCACAGCUGACCUCGACGGGCCCCACGUGCUAUUCUCUGGCUGUGUCCUCUGAUGCCCAUAUCUGUUUGGCUUGUUUCCAUGGAUUUGUUGAGAUUUGGGAUUUGCAGAACCAAAUCUUGAUCAGGAAGCACGAAGUUCCUGUAUACGGGUCCCGAUGUGUGGACAUCACCGGCAAUAUAUUCUGGACAGGAGGUGAAGACACCACCCUGUAUUCCUGGGACCUGAGGAGCUACCAGAGGCUGCACCAACACAACUUACAGAAUGAGAUCCUCAGCAUUACCCACGACCCCGGUGAAGAAUGGGUAUUGGCGGGCCUGAGAACGAGUGAUAUCGUGUUCCUUCACACUCGUCGGAAUGAGCAGUUUAAGGCUCUCAUGAAAAAAUACACCCGCCACCACAGCCUCAAGUUUGCCUCCUGUGGGAGCUAUUUUGUGACCGCGAUAGAUACGCGCCUCAGUGGCUUGGAGGCACCUUCUCUACAAAAGUUGUUUCAGAUAGAGGAGUCUUCAGGUAUCCUGUGCUGUGACGUGUCCUCUGACAACCAGUAUCUGGUCAUGGGCUCCAGCAGCAGUGCCACCAUCUACCAGCUCUUGUAUUAAAGGUGGCAUGCCAUGGUCCUGCCAGUGAAGACCCAGUCUUUGGGCUGGUGUGGCUGUGAGGAUGGCUUCAGAGUGCUGGACACCUCUAACACCUGCCAUCUCCUCUGUCUUAGCUUGGGUCAUCCCUCCCCUCCAGUAGCCCGCUCUCAGCCUGCACUCCCAGAUUUUAAUCAGAUGGCUUGGAGCGUUUUCCUUUGUUAUCUUCCUACCGCUGAUUUCUGGGUUUUGGCAGGAAACUUGAGAUCCCUUUGUAAUGAAUAAAAUAGCAAAGCAGAAAGCAAA